CUCCCCACCCUCAUGACCGCCUGGAUCCUCCUUCCUGUCAGCCUGUCAGCAUUCUCCAUCACUGGCCUAUGGACUGUGUAUGCCAUGGCCGUGAUGAACCACCACGUGUGCCCCGUGGAGAACUGGUAUGGCGCACUCUGCAGACAGCCUCACUCUAAAGCUCCCUUCAUCUCUGUUCCCUGUGGGGCCGGGGCUCCCUCGAGCCAGAUGGAGACACUGGGCCUCACUGCUCUUCUCUGACAUUGGCAGCGCCUGCCCCUCCCCAGGCAUGGCUUCGUGCCCACCUACCUGCUUCCCACCGUCAUUCGCCCCUUUGGCUUCUGUCUCAGGGGGGCCCUGGGAAGUGGGCUCUUCUGCCCCUGCCAAGGGAGGUCUGGGAGGGUGGUCUCCGAGAGGCCUGAGGGUACAGGCCGAGGGCCUGGGGGAACCCCUUUCCCCCAGGCUACUCUCUGUCCUGCCUGCCAGGUCCUACAACGAAUCCUGCUCUCCUGACCCCACUGAGCAAGGGGGCCCCAAGACCUGCUGCACCCUGGACGAUGUCCCCCUCAUCAGCAAGUGCGGCACAUACCCCCCAGAGAGCUGCCUCUUCAGCCUCAUUGGCAACGUGGGUGCUUUCAUGGUGGCCCUGAUCUGCCUCCUGCGCUACGGGCAGCUCCUGGAGCAGAGCCGUCAUUCCUGGGUCAACACCACGACGCUCAUCACAGGCUGCACCAACGCUGCGGGCCUGGUGGUGGUGGGCAACUUCCAGGUGGAUCACGCUAAGUCUCUGCACUACGUCGGAACCGGCGUGGCCUUCACUGCCGGGCUGCUCUUUGUCUGCCUGCACUGUGCCCUCUCCUACCACGGGGCCACUGCCCCCCACGACCUGGCUGUGGCCUACCUGCGGAUCGUGCUGGCAGCCAUCGCCUUUGUCUCUCUGAUCCUCAGCGGGGUCUUCUUCAUCCACGAGAGCUCUCAGCUGCAGCACGGGGCAGCCCUAUGCGAGUGGGUGUUUGUCAUCGACAUCCUCAUCUUCUACGGCACCUUCAGCUAUGAGUUCGGGGCAGUCUCCUCAGAGACACUGGUGGCCACACUGCAGCCCGCCCCCGGCCGGGCCUGCAAGUCGUCCGGAAGCAGCAGCACCUCCACACACCUCAACUGUGCCCCUGAGAGCGUCGCCAUGAUCUGAGGUCUGGGGAGGGUGGCUGGCCCGGCCUCCGCAGCUCCCCACCCCGUUAUCUCCUUCACAUUUAUUUUGUACCAAAAAACAAUUUUGAGAAAGUAUUCUGUUGGGACAGAGGCUUCCUCGCUCCUGGAGGAGUGGCCAUCCCACACCCACCUGUGCCAUACAGGAGCGGGCCCUGGCGGCUGCCCAAGCUGCGCACAGCCUGCUCCCCACACCGCAGUGUUAUUUUUAUGUUUUAAAGGUCACGUAUCCUCAUUCACCCAGCCAGCCCUUCAGGUGCCUUCUACUCCCCCAGUGCCACUGGGGUUUCCUGCUGCAGGAAUUGGGGGCUGGGAACAGCAAGAGGGACAGCAGUCUGGGGGCGGGGGUGAGCACUCCUCAGUCUGUGGGAAGGCCCACUUCUGGGCCCACUGAGCUGCACUGGGAUUCUUCACUGUCCCUUUCUUUAGGGCAAAUAACACAGCAGAACCACGUGGGUAUUUUAGUACUUUUUUUUAUAUAUAUAUCUAUUAAAAGAAUUCUAAUUUGCA